UUUUCUUUUCUUUUUAUUGCAACAGGAAAUAGAAAAUCUCCAGAUAGACGUAGAAUCUCUAUGGAAGGAAGUAAUCAAAAGAUAUCAGAUGAUCGUGGCCGUACUUUAGAUGUCAAUCCCAGAACAGGACAGAAGAAAGCAAGGUCAUUACCUCGUGGUGAAAACCUUGUGUUAAGUGAUGUAGAAAUUGCAGACAGAUCUCUUGUUUCAUUGGAUAAUUCUUUGAACCAUCCAGACUUAGACGACAGUGCUGUGGACACGUCGCCAGAUGUUACAAAACGAGCACACAGUUUCCGUCGCGCGACACGUUUACAUCCUAUAUACUCUACAGACAUGUCUAGUGUCCCGUUAGAUACAGAAGAGAAGACAGAAGCUAUGGAUGUAGACUCGGAUACGGACGAUCCUAAUUUAACUCGCGAUCAUUUACAAGAAUAUAACGACUGCGGAUUCACAAGUCGCUCUGAUCUCGAUGAGGAAUCAGACAAUGAAAGACUGACCAGUGGUACUAAUUGUAAUGAAUUUCAGGGAGAUACAAAUGGGUGUGAUAUUUCCUCGAGUUUGCCUACUCUAUUGGACGGUAAUGAUUGCGAUCAUCUGAAAUCGCGAUCAGAAGUGAUUAUAUCUACAAAUCGUAAUUCUGUUAACGAUGAUAAUGAGUGUUCUAAAAGUGUCAGUGAUCUAAUGGAAGUCGAAAACGAGAAAAAGAAAACUAGUAUAUUUCGUGGUCGACCUCAUGUUACCACGACAUGGAUUAAGAGUAAGAAAAAACCCAAAGCCUCCGAAAACAAAACAAUUACUGCUUUUAAUGAUUCCUUCAGGAAAAAGUCACAUGAAAGUGUAAAUAAAGACAAAAAUACAAAGACGGCUGUACAACAGUUAUCUAAUGAAAGUGAUUUAUUGCAUGCUCAGAAGGGUAGUAAUGCUCGACUUACAAACUGGAGUAGUAAUGAUAAACUUCUCACAGGAUCCAGUACAAGUCUCGCACCCAACAUGGAAGAUCCUUGGGUUAAACAUUCAGAGGUGAGAACCUCAAGGAGCAGCUCUGUUUUAUUACCUUCCAGUUCAAAUAAUGUACCUGCAGUGGGUCGUCCACGUAAUAAAUCGGAUGUUACGGACAGACGAGCACUGUCAAGAGAUAAUUUGGAUUGGAUGGUUUAUUUGAAUAGGAACUCGUUAAAUGAAUAUCCACAAAAUGUGAAAUUUUUGUCGAAGUAUUGUACGCCACCUAGAAGUACCAUGACUUCAAUUAAACCUAAUAAAGGUGUAUGGAGGUCCGAGUCCACCAAAAGCGACUCUGUAACAAUUCCACACCUGACCUCUCCAAGAUUGUAUCCCCAUUCUGACAGUCAUACACCAACCCGAGGUACCAAUCUCUCUCGCUCAAACUCAACACCAGCCGGUCGAUCAUAUUUAGAAUUUGGACGAGGCUUUGGUAGAAAUCGUGCUGCUUCAUUAGAUUUGGACACUUUUCAAGAAAGUGAAAGAAUAAUGGAGGAAAUGGAAGACUAUAUGAAACAUUCUCCCCAUCCAUCUCUCAAUCACGCUAAAUUCCCUACAGCAAUACCCAAUAACGAAGAUAAAGAUCUCAAUAGAUUGUCCGGUGUUUCUUCGCUGUCUACAUCAUCAUACGAUAGUCAAGGUAGUCAUUCCAGCUCUAGUGACGGUUUAGUCGGAUCACUAAAAAAUAAAAUCAGCAGUUGGACAGCUAAAAUGAGUAAAAGAAAUGAAGAAUACGAACAGAUGUCUGUAACUUCAAGUGUAUCUGAUAUUCGACCGUCAUCAUUAGUUUUAUCAGAUGAAGAAAAGUAUGAUAAUAAUCUAAGUGUUUCUCCUAAAUCUUUGUCUGUUUCACCUUCUAAAGACCUCCCAAACUUUAACUAUUCACAGAACACUCUCAAAAAACCUGUUAAAUCGAAUAGUAAAGAGCCUGAUUUACAGUCUGUUCUUCUAGAAGGUGGUCUAGGCAGUUCAUCGGUUGGUUCCAAGUUAGCUCAUAAUCUGCCACCAAAUAUAGAAGCCAUGUUGGCUAACAAAUUUCAGUCACCCACCAGACCUCAUAGUGCCUGUGUUCUCCGCGACACUGAUUCUCUAUCAUCGUAUGAUUUCUCUAGUAAAGAAGGUACACCUGAACCGUCUGCUAGACAUUCUCUCCCUCCAGACAAUAAAACAACAGAUGCAAUUAUGCCUGCUACGUUAAAAAACACAGAAUGUCAACAGUCAGAUUCUGGAUUUAGUAUGCAAAGUGAUGUCACAGAUUCUUGCGAUCUUUCCAGAAGUCGUGAUGAGAUGUCAAACUCCUUUGAAGAAAAAUAUAAAAAUGAACCUCAAGAAAAGCCAGAAAUUAAAACACCCAAGCCUAGUAUUGUGCCUAACAAAAGUUUAUCGCAAUCUCCAGAAGUUAAAAAUAGAACCAAAGACAGAAACCGAACAAUGUCCAAUUCUUCCAUGGAAUCAAUGGAUAGUUUUUACGAGAGAAGAUUAUCUGCUGCUUUGGAUGCAGAAGUAUUUCGCGACUCAGCUGUCUUUUGUGACAUCGAAGUGGAUAGUAAACUUAAGUCUAAAGAAAACACUCCUGAACCAGAACAUGGAGUAAAAACACCUCGGAAAUCAAUUCGUGAUUAUGUACAAUAUCUGGAAGAAAAGAAUAAACCAAUACCUCCUAAAACAUUUGGUGUUCGUCGUCGUGAACCAGCAGCUAUUAUCAAACAAAAACUUGACCAUCUAAAAGAAAGUUCUCAAUAUCGUAAACCAAACAGUCGACCAGCCAGUGAAGAACGUGAACUUUCACCUCCUAAAUGUGUCCGCGAACUUCAAUCUACCUUAGUAGCAGAAACCCAGGGUAAUCAAUUCAGACAUCGUCGCGGUCGUGCCGAGUCAGAACAUAGUAGCGAGAGUAUAUGUAGUAGUAACAGUUCUACGUUAAGAUCAGCCAAGUCUCUUGGUAGACUAGAUCAAUUGAACAAUGAAGUAGAGAGUUUAGUUAUUAUGAAAGGAUGGGUUCAACAACUUAUUAGUAAAUUUCAAAGUGAUAAAUGACAGUUAUUAUAAAUGAUAAUGACAGUUAUUAUCAACGAUAAAGACAGUUAUUAUCAAAAUUAAAAGACAGUUAUUAAAUACAAUAAAAGACAGUUAUUAUAAUUGAUAAAAGACAAACAAUUAUUGAAACAUUUAACUUGUGAUGAACAAAUUAAAACGAUUCUAUAUUUUGAUCAUUUUCAAUAUAACGCAACAAAUUUUUUAUAAAAUGUGAUAUAAUUUAUCCUUAAACAAUAUGUGCUUUCUUACAAACUUGUAUAAUGAAUAUACAACUGGCAGGUGUAUGUCUUAUAUAGAUACAUUAUUUUAUUAUUGUGUACGUAGUUAUAUGUAGGUACUGAAUGUUUUGUCGGCAGAAUGAUAUAUAUAUAUAUUAGAUUGGUAUAUUAGAUAUGCAUUAAGUUUACGUGCAAUAGUUUGAAUAUGUUGUUAAACGUGUAGUGUGAAGGGAAGGUUGAGAUAUGCCAAGGUAAUGUUUUAUGUGAAGGAUUCCUUAUCGAAUAUUUAUGAAUAUUUAUAGACUUGCAGUGCUUUUUAAGUGAAGGGUAUGACAAUGCUGUAGAAUAUGCUUUCCCCCAAUGGAAUUGAUUAAUUACACCAAGGAUAUUCAUUUUACUGAAAAGCUCAGGAUUAUCUCAUUAAUCUUAAUAUACAAGUAAUUAUAAUACAUGAAAUGUGUUUUUGAUUUAUUUUGUAUUCUAUUUAUAAUACAUUCAUUAGUAAUGUACAACAACAGAAUGUUAGAUUGGUGAUCAAAAUUAGUGAUCAACUUGUCAUUGUGCCAUUGGUAUUUAAAUACAGUAUCUUGUUGUGUAGUGGUGUUAAUUAAGGACCUAGAUUUAUUUCGGAGAUGAAAUUUAUUUUUCUUCUGUUAUAGAUAUAUGAAAUCUGCAGAAAAAAUAAACUUGAUAUAGAUAUGUGUGUAUAUAAAUUAUAUUCCAAAAUCAAAUUGUUAGAUAGUUUUCUUGAUGGAUUUAAUGUAGUUUGACUCAUCUGAUAUCUUUGAUUAUUUGCUUAUUUAAAUUAAGGAUUAACAUAUGUACAUAAUAGUAUUUAUAACAUGCCAUAUAUUUAUAUAACUGUACAUAUGUAUAUAAUUUUGGCUAUAUUUCAUGUAUUCUAUUGUUAUAAAAGUGCUUCCUUUAAUGGUUUGAAUGAUAGAUAAUCAAAAACUGUUUUCAUUUGUGAAUUUGUAAAUUCAAUUUGUAUAAUUUUCUACAGUAAAAACUUAAUGAAAA